AUGUGGAAGCUCAGGAUUGCGGCUGAGGCUGGAGAUGGCCCUCACUUGUUCAGCACCAACAACUACGUAGGCAGGCAGAUUUGGGAGUUUGAUGCAAACUCAGGCUCUCCAGAAGAACGUGAAGAGGUCGAUAGAGCUCGUCAGAACUUUUCCCUAAACCGUUCUUGUUUCAAGGCUAGUGCUGAUCUCCUCUGGCGCAUGCAGUUUCUGAGAGAGAAGAAGUUUAAACAGAAAAUUCCUCAAGUAAGAAUAGAAAAUGCAGAGGAAAUAACCUAUGAAGACGCAAGGGCAGCACUGAGGAGAGGGGUACUUUAUUUUGCGGCCUUACAGGCUGAUGAUGGACAUUGGCCUGCUGAAAAUUCUGGUUCUAUGUUCUUCAACGCCCCCUUUUUCAUAUCCUUGUACAUCACUGGCCAUCUCGAGAAAAUUUUCACUCCUGAGCAUCGCAAAGAAUUCAUGCGUUACCUGUAUAACCAUCAGAACGAUGAUGGUGGAUGGGGAAUACAUGUGGAGGGCCACAGUGUUAUGUUCUGUACAGUCCUCAACUACAUCUGUCUUAGAAUUUUUGGGAUGGAUCAAGAAAGUGUUUGUGCAAGAGCACGUAAGUGGAUCAUCGACCAUGGUGGUGCCGCGUAUACGCCCUUGUUUGGAAAGAUUUGGCUUUCGGUUCUUGGAGUGUAUGAUUGGUCUGGUUGCAAGCCCAUGCCACCUGAGUUCUGGAUGCUUCCUUUGUCGUCUCCUUUUAACGGAGGCACUGUUUGGAUUUAUUUACGAGACAUUUUCAUGGCUGUGUCAUACUUGUAUGGAAAAAAAUUUGUCGCUACUCCAACACCUCUAAUAGCACAGCUCCGGGAAGAGCUUUAUCCUCAGCCAUACAGCAAAAUCAAAUGGAGUCAAGCGCGCAAUCUAUGUGCAAAGGAAGAUCUAUACUAUCCACAGUCUUUUUUGCAAGAUAUGUUUUGGAAAAGUGUUCAUGUGUUCUCAGAGAACCUCUUAAACCAAUGGCCUCUCAACAAGCUCCUAAGACAAAAAGCUCUCCGAAAGACAAUGGAAAUAAUUCACUAUCACGAUGAAUCCACUCGAUAUAUUACCGGUGGAUGUGUACAAAAGCCGUUUCAUAUGCUUGCUUGUUGGGUAGACGACCCAGACGGUGAUUAUUUUAAGAAACAUCUUGCUCGAGUCUCAGAUUUCAUAUGGAUAGGCGAAGAUGGUCUGAAAAUCCAGUCUUUUGGUAGCCAGUUAUGGGAUACGGCCUUAUCGCUGGAGGUCUUGUUAGCUGCUGAUAUGGAUGAUGAGAUUAGCUCAACGUUGAUCAAAGGAUACGACUUCUUGAAGAAAUCUCAACUGACAGAGAACCCUCCCGGUGAUCAUAGGAAAAUGUUUCGAGAGAUAACGAAAGGCGCGUGGACCUUUUCAGACCGAGAUCAAGGAUGGGCUGUUUCUGAUUGCACUGCUGAGAGUCUAGAGUGCUGCCUAAUCUUUGAGAGCAUGCCAAUGUUGGGUGAGAAAAUGGAUGCAGAGAAGCUGUACGAUGCCGUUAAUUUGCUUCUAUACUUUCAGAGCAAGAAUGGAGGUUUAGCUGUGUGGGAGCCUGCUCGUGGGAAUACCUGGCUUGAGUGGCUGAGUCCCGUGGAGUUUGCCGAAGACACAGUCGUCGAGCUAGAGUAUCUUGAAUGUACAGGGUCUGCAAUAGUAGCGCUGGUUCGGUUCUUGGAAAUGUUUCCAGGCCACAGAAAAGAAGAAGUCGAGAGUUUUAUAAGAAAGGGAAUCAAAUACAUUGAGAGUUUCCAAAUGCCAGACGGUUCAUGGUAUGGAAAUUGGGGCGUGUGCUUCAUCUUUGGAACCUUUAAUGCCGUCCGAGGUCUCGUUGCCGCAGGCAAGACUUACAGUAACUGUGAUGCUAUCGGUAGAGCAGUUCAGUUCCUACUAGAUACACAAAAUGCAGAAGGUGGAUGGGGUGAGAGUUAUCUCUCUUGCCCGAUUAAGAAAUAUACCCCUUUGGAAGGAAACAAGACGAAUGUUGUGAAUACAGCACAAGCAAUGAUGGGUCUAAUUAUGGGUGGUCAGAUGGAGAGGGACCCAAGCCCGGUUCAUCGCGCUGCUAAGGUGUUGAUUAAUUCACAGCUGGAGAACGGUGAUUUCCCACAACAGGAAAUAAUGGGAGUGUUCAAGAUGAAUUUGUUGCUACAUUAUCCAACCUAUAGGAACAUUUUCACUCUCUGGGCACUCACCUAUUAUACCAAGGCCCUUCGUCUGCGUAUGUAAUUACUUUUGUCACGCUUGAAUCUCAUCAUCACCACGUACUCUUUUGCAAUGUAUACAAAAGUCUUUGCUUCUAUCACAAGAAACAAGAUGAAAGAUCCACAUAGAUUCCUCAUCUCAUUCUCGUUUGUCAUCAUCAUCCGCUCCUUCCAUGCCUCAAGGCCAUAAUUUCGGUUAUCUUGGUUCUGGUUACGCCUACCACCAAUUACCAAACUAGUUUUCGUUUAACCCGUAAUACUGCAUUUGGUUCUUUUUCAACUAAAUAUGUGAAUAAAUAAGUUGCAUUUCGGUUUGUAAUA